AUGCUUCAACAACCUCCUCCUUCCUAUAAUUUCACCAUUACUCGACCACAUCAAUUGCCAUUGCCCUCUAAAAACGUCAUCAACCGAAUUCCCUCCAUACUUAUUGACUUUACCGCCAUGACAUUAUGCGAUUUGAUAAGGACCAGAAAUAACCAGCACAAGAAAACUCGUUCCUUGCCAGAGCUCGUGUUCUUUGUUCAAAAAGUAACGCAUCAAGCCAACAUCAAUGUGAGAACACUGCUUGUCGCAUUGAUCUAUCUGAAGAGAGCCAAAUCAAAUCUACCAAAAAGAGCCAUUGGCAGUGAUGGUAAAUAA